UGACGAUGAUUUUUCAAAAUGGCUGCGCCCAUGGGUGCCUUAAAUUGAUAGCCCUGGAGCUGGUAAGUUGAAACUCUUUGGAACAUGGAGGCUCUUGGGUCUGUCCAGAAGAAAAUCUCGUGUGUGUUUGAGACGGCCGUAUUUGAUGAACCGUCAGCUAAACGUGAGCAUCAGACAUAUCGGGUUGCUGCCACUAACACAAUCAAAGUUCGAGCUCUGGAAAAUGACAUUCAAACUGCUGUUGCAACAGAAAAGUUAGAUGGGACUUGUUGUUACAUUUCAGAAUUUGAAGGAAAUCCAUGGCUGUGGGCUAGAUUUGACCGUAAGCCAACAAAGGGCGCAGAGAAGAAGUUCCGUAAAUGGCAGAUAGGACGACAGAAACAUGGAAAGCAAGGGGAGGGAGAAUCGAGUAACCUUUCACCUACAUUCAAGUGGGACAUUCUAAAAGACUUUAAGGAAACUCCCCAGUACUGGAUCCCAGCUUCAGGAGUAGAGAUUGUGGAUGGUUCCCCUAUACCAGAUGACAUCGGCCACACGCCAGGUUGGGUACCAAUCUCUUCAUCGUCACGACCUCACUGCUGGCACCUGCAGGCUGUGGACCUGAAGGCUGGCCUGGCUUUGGUUCUACGGGAGGAGUUAGGAGGCGGUUUGUUUGUGGAGUGCGUCAAUCUGUCCAGCUUGACUGGUCAUACCGCGGAGCUCAUAGGUACAAACAUCAACGGAAAUCCAUAUGGUCUAGGCACAAAGAAGAACCCAAUCCAUCUGCUUGUAAUCCACGGGACCAUCAAGGUAGAGAAUGCCCCGCCAAUCUCCUUGGAAGACAUUAGGGCAUGGUUCAAGGGGUCGGGGCAGGUGGAAGGUAUCGUCUGGCAUUGUGCCAACGGGACACUUUUCAAGGUUCACAGGAACCAUGUGUCCCUGAAAUGGCCAGUUUCUGAUCCGACCUUGACCUUGAGACCUGUGAAAAUAUCCAUGGAUACCAAUGACCUUGAUAUUGAAAAUGACUUCAUAGCAACCAUGGCCAAACUGAAUGGACACACUUGUGACAGCUUGAAAGAUCUGGAGAGAAUUGUGUCAGAGUUGGACAAUAUUGAUGGAGAUUGUGAUCAGAAGAAUGAUGAAAAGUCAUAGCGUUUUUUCCAAGAUCUUUCUUGAAACUUGGGUCCAGUUACAUGCUUUUAUGGCUUUAUUUUAAUUCUCUCACAGUUUUCAUUAAACCAUUCUUUACAAUUGGGUCCAUAUCUUAUUGAAAGAGAUGCUUUUUUACUGCCUGAAAUUUCAAAUUGUGAUUGAUAAACCAUAAACCAUUAUCAUUGCAUCUUAUAUAAAAUAAAACAUUAAUGUUUUAGGUACAGACAAUUCUUCUUGAUCUUUUAUGUACAUUUUAUAAUGGCAUUUAAGAUCUUCUAAAUAAUCAUGUGCUUUUUUGCAUGACACAAAAUUUCAUCAUAAAGGGUAUUUGUGGGUUCUACAUUGAAAGUGAUUAUUUCACUUUCUAUAAGGCCAGACAUCAAGUUGUUUGUAAUUUUAUGUUUAAGGUAAAGAAAAUGCUUGCUUUAAUGAUGAGGCAUCAUCAAAAAUCCAAGUUAGAGGUCUCAUGUUAAUAAUUUCUCAAAGAUGUUGACAGUUAAUGUUCUAAAAAAGUAAGUAACGCUAUUGAAAAUUGAAUAAUUUUUGGCCUGUAUUUAUUAAAUUAAAUUUAAAUGAGUAUGCCAGUUCCUGUUUAGUGUUUGUUCAUGAUAAUUUUUAUUAUGUAAAAUAACUCAUUUUCAUUAUACCCCCACAAACGAAGUUUGAGGGGGUAUAUAGGAGUGAGCUUGUCGGUUGGUCGGUCGGUUUUCAUGGUUUCCGGACGAUAACUCAUGAAAGGCUGGACAGAUUUGAAAAUUUUUUGGUACACAGGUGUAACUUCAGAAGAUACAGGUCAAGUUCGAUAUUGGGGCUGGUGGGGCCAAGGUCAAGGUCACUGUUACUAAAAAUAGAAAAACGGUUUCCGGACGAUAACUCAUGAAAGGCUGGACAGAUUUGAAAAAAUUUUGGUACACAGGUGUAACAUCAGAAGAUACAGGUCAAGUUCGAUAUUGGGGCUGGUGGGGCCAAGGUCAAGGUCACUGUUACUAAAAAUAGAAAAACGGUUUCCGGAUGAUAACUCAUGAAAGGCUUGACAGAUUUGAAAAAAUUUUGGUACCCCGGUGUAACAUCAGAAGAUACAGGUCAAUUAUGAUAUUGGGGCUGGUGGGGCCAAGGUCAAGGUCACUGUUACUAAAAAUAGAAAAACGGUUUCUGGACGAUAACUCAUGAAAGGCUUGACAGAUUUGAAAAAAUUUUGGUACACAGUAGUAACAUCAGAAGAUACAGGUCAAGUUCGAUAUUGGGGCUGGUGGGGUCAAGGUCACUGUUACUAAAAAUAGAAAAACGGUUUCCGGACGAUAACUCAUGAAAGGCUUGACAGAUUUGAACAUUUUUUGGUACACAGGUGUAACAUCAGAAGAUACAGGUCAAGUUCAAUAUUGGGGCUGGUGGGGCCAAGGUCAAGGUCACUGUUACUAAAAAUAGAAAAACGGUUUCCGGACGAUAACUCAUGAAAGGCUUGACAGAUUUGAAAAAUUUUUGGUACACAGGUGUAACAUCAGAAGAUACAGGUCAAGUUCGAUAUUGGGGCUGGUGGGGUCAAGGUCACUGUUACUAAAAAUAGAAAAGCGGUUUCUGGAUGAUAACUGAUGAAAGGCUUGACAGAUUUGAAAUUUUUUUGGUACAUAGGUGUAACAUCAGAAGAUACAGGUCAAGUUCGAUAUUGGGGCUGGUGGGGCCAAGGUCAAGGUCACUGUUACUAAAAAAAGAAAAACGGUUUCUGGACGAUAACUCAUGAAAGGCUAAACGGAUUUGAACAAUUUUUGGUACACAGGUGUAACAUCAGAAGAUACAGGUCAAGUUCGAUAUUGGGGCUGGUGGGGCCAAGGUCAAGGUCACUGUUACUAAAAAUAGAAAAACGGUUUCCGGACGAUAACUCAUGAAAGGCUUGACAGAUUUGAAAAAUUUUUGGUACACAGGUGUAACAUCAGAAGAUACAGGUCAAGUUCGAUAUUGGGGCUGGUGGGGCCAAGGUCAAGGUCACUGUUACUAAAAAAGAAAAACGGUUUCUGGACGAUAACUCAUGAAAGGCUAAACGGAUUUGAAAAUUUUUUCGUACACAGGUGUAACAUCAGAAGAUACAGAUCAAGUUCGAUAUUGGGGCUGGUGGGGUCAAGGUCACUGUUACUAAAAAUAGAAAAACGGUUUCCGGACGAUAACUCAUGAAAGGCUUGACAGAUUUGAACAUUUUUUGGUACACAGGUGUAACAUCAGAAGAUACAGGUCAGGUUCGAUAUUGGGGCUGGUGGGGCCAAGGUCAAGGUCACUGUUACUAAAAAUAGAAAAAUGGUUUCUGCUUCAUAACUUUAAUUGGGCAUGAGAUAUUGUGAUGAAACUUGCUGUAUAGGCAGCCUCUGUGAAGACAAUACUUGUGAUUGAAAAUGGGGCCAGUGGAGUAAAGGUUUUUGUGCACUGUUACGAAAAUAGAAAAACGGUUUCUGGACAAACAAUACAUGCAUGAUAAAAGAAGAUGCAGUGUGCAGUAACCUUGGAGUUAUGGCCUCUUUUCAAAGGAAUGGUUUGCCAUUCCUGUGUCCAGGCGGCAUUUGGGGGUAUUCGUCACUCCUGUGACAGCUCUAGUUAAUGCUUAAAAAAAAAUCCAGUAUAUAAUUUUUUGCUUAGUAUGUUAUUUAUUUAUUUCAUAUUCGUUUCAAGUACAGCUGAUAUUUCAUGUCGAUAUCUAUUUCAAAAUAAAUUUGUGUAUCUUAUAUUAAAUCAUUGAUUUUUAGCUCUACUGGCCAAAGGCCAGAAGAGCUUAUGCGAUGGUAAUGUGUACGUAGUAUGUGCGGUCGUGCGUCCAUGCGGUCGUGCGUCUGUAAACAAUUGCUUGUGAACACGAUACAGUCUUCAGUUUUGAUUGUAUCUCGAUGAAACUUGUACAGUAUAUAGAUAUCCAUUAGAGCUCGGUUCCUUUCGAAAACCAGCCAGAUCCGUCCAUAAAUGCCUAGAUUAUAGGCCAUGAAAGUUCGUGCGUCCAUGCAGUCGUGCGUCUGUAAACAAUUGCUUGUGAACACGAUACAGUCUUCAGUUUUGAUUGUAUCUCGAUGAAACUUGUACAGUAUAUAGAUAUCCAUUAGAGCUCGGUUCCUUUCGAAAACCAGCCAGAUCCGUCCAUAAAUGCCUAGGUUAUGGGCCAUGAAAGUUUUAAAAAAUGCUUUCUAUUUUUAGCCAGGUCUGCAUGAGCGAAUUCUAUUUUUAGCCAAGUUUACAUGUACAUGUAAAUUCAAGUCUAGAGUUAAGGGAGACAAUUUGCAAGUCUAGGAUUUUGAGAGACAAUUUGCGUUUUGCUUCUGCAGCUGAUCUUGUGAAUUACUCUGCCUUGUUCUUGUUGAAAGCCCAAAGGCCAUUUUUUAGCUUUAAGUUCUGUAGUUUGCACAUUCAUCUUAACAAAAUUGGUUGUGAAUGUUUAAGUUAUGCACCUGGUGUCAUUACUGGCCACACCCAGGGUUCACAGGUUUGGUUAACAUAAAUCUGGAAAGGUUUGAAAAUCUUUUUGUGUGUUCGUGCAUCCAUCUCAGCACAAUUGAUUGUGAAUGUUUGUUCAAAUUGAUCAAUGUUGUCCUAGGAUGCCCUUGACUUUGACCUUUUGACCAACUUUUUUUAACUUCUAAAACUACAGAAAUUUUUACUAUGAGUACAGUUUUGAAAGCAUUUUUUUUUUGUCAGAUGACUUUUACUUGGCACAUAUUAAAAUAGUUCAUGCAACUAAUCUGCUUACAAUACUUUCUGGGCUCAGAUGUUGAACGUGCUACGUUUUCAGGUAACCCAAACACAAAACAUAAAGUAUAUGUCUGUUGCCUUUUGCCCAUACAUACAUGCUCUGGAUUGAUAUGACUACAAAAGCCAUGCCAGUAGAGCAUAGGCCCUUUUGGGCCUCUUGUUUAUAAUGGCCAGAAAUUUAGGGUACAUUUAAGUGUUAAGUUUUAUAACAUUUUAGCUUGAUUGUGCUGAAAGAUUAUAGAAUAUCUUGGAAUUUGUUUCCCGUGCAGAAACCAGUGCAGGUGUCCUUGAAAACAAAAGUAUUCUUGACAUAAGUCCUUGACACUUUCGAUGUUUGAGGUAUGGAAACAACCUCGCGUUAAAAAUAGAUUAACUUGAAUGUUGGUUUUUGGAGGUUUUGUUUAUGAAUGGAUAAUGGACAACUUGUAUUCAAUAUUUUGCUUGUCUUUUGUUGUUUUCAAAGAUAAAAGUUAAAGUGUUUUGAUAGCUUUUUUUGGCAUUGCUGACGUCUGGGAGUAGGAUUUGUUAUUGGUCCCAGCUGACAUGGACAACUUGAGCAGCAUCGGUGUGCAAAAACUUAAACCUUGGCCGGAACUCAAAAGCUGGUAAUGAUGGUCAAAUGGAAAGUUUAACACAUAUUGUCAGCCCGAAAAAGUAUGCAUUUGUGUAAGCAAGGCCCAUAACUUCUUGCUUUAAUAAUUGUUGAGUUAUGCCCCUUUUCAGCUUAAAAAAGGCAUUGGCAUCCACUAUUGGUGCUCUGGUAAUCUGCCCGUAUGUUCACUGUAAAGUUGAUUGAUGUAACUUUUUACAUUAAUCUGAAAAAAGGUUCUGAAAUUAUUUUCCCCACUUUGAAUUAGAACAGUUAUACCUUUUAUCAUGAUCUUAAAAAUUACAAUCCAUUGUGUAAUUUCUUUCUUUUGUGAUAUUUAUAUGGAUUAAAAAAAUAAACUUGUGACUCUGAAGGGAAAAAAUGUCUUUGGACUUAACUUAAGCUAGGCAUACCAAUGAUACCAGUAUACUUACAGGUUCUUUAGUUCAGGAUAAAUCCUAAAAUUGGGAUUGGAGCUUUUAACAUCAGACUAUUGUACAGUUGUUUUUGCUCAGAGGUCUGCAUUAAAAAUAGUAUAUUAGGAAGUACCUUGUAAUUAAUAUAAAUAACUUGGGGAAAACGAAUUCAAAAGGGGUCUGUUUGAGUAUGAGAGAUUUAUUCCUUAAGAAAGGCAAAGGGGAUUAGACCACUUUGAACAAUUUUAAGAGGUCUUUACUCUUUUACCGUGCUUUAGGCAUGAAUCCCUCAUACUCAAACAGACCCUGGCUAUUUUUUAGGAUUAAAAAUUAUCAGCUGUUAGAAACUCUGAUGCUGUUUUUUCACUUUGUAUAUGUUCUAUGUCAAAAACCUAUUUGUUAAACUCGGUAUGUUGUUUUAUGCGAAAAGUAGUAUUUUGUUGUGGUGGAGAGUUUGUCAGUACGGUAUUAAACUUGAAAAGAUA